AUGCCACCAAAUAAUUCCAAAUAUGUUUUAGAUCCAGUAAGCAUAAAAUCUGUUUGUGGAGGGGAAGAAUCAUAUAUUAGAUGUGUUGAAUAUGGGAAAAAAAAAGCUCAUUAUAGUAAUUUAAAUUUAUUAGCAAAAGCUAUAUUAGCUGGUAUGUUUGUUGGACUUUGUGCACACGCUUCCGGAAUAGCAGGAGGGUUGUUUUAUUAUCACAAAUUAAGAGAAAUUGUAGGAGCAUCGAUGAGUGUGUUUGUAUAUGGUUUUACCUUUCCUAUAGCUUUUAUGUGUAUUAUAUGUACAGGUUCUGAUUUGUUUACGGGUAAUACUUUAGCAGUAACUAUGGCAUUAUAUGAGAAGAAAGUAAAACUAUUGGAUUAUUUGCGAGUUAUGACAAUAUCAUUAUUUGGAAAUUAUGUUGGUGCUGUAUCUUUUGCAUUCUUUAUUUCUUAUUUAUCUGGAGCAUUUACUAAUGUUGAUGUUGUAGAGAAAAAUCAUUUUUUCCAAUUUUUAAAUGAUAUAGCUGAAAAAAAGGUUCAUCAUACAUUUGUUGAAUGUGUGUCUUUAGCUGUAGGCUGUAACAUAUUUGUAUGUUUGGCAGUAUAUUUUGUAUUAACACUAAAAGAUGGUGCAGGUUAUGUAUUCAGUGUAUUUUUUGCUGUUUAUGCUUUCGCUAUAGCAGGAUAUGAACAUAUUAUAGCAAAUAUUUAUACACUAAAUAUUGCCUUAAUGGUUAAUACAAAAAUUACUUUAUAUGAGGCAUAUAUAAAAAAUUUAUUGCCCACCUUGUUAGGAAAUUACAUUGCCGGUGCAAUUGUUUUGGGUUUACCAUUGUAUUUUAUUUAUAGAGAGCAUUAUUAUAAUUUUGAAAGAUCGAAAAGAGAUAACAAUGAUGCUCAAAUGAAAAGUUUAUCUAUAGAAUUACGAAAUUGA